AUGUUCGCUACCAGAGUCCUCCGCCAGGCUGCAGCCCACGCCGAGCGUACCCCGAGCAUCAAGUUCCUCGGCCGCCGCUCCAUUCCUUCUUCCAUUGACCACAGCCCCGCCCCUCACCCAGCCUCGCCUACCGGCAAGCUUCCCGCCAACUUUGGCAACGGCUCCGCCUCCCCCAAGCACACCAGCUUCAGCUCCUACCGCGACCACGCCCAGCAGCACGGUCCCCUCCAGCGCACCAUCGGCUCCGGUGUAGGCGGUUCUACCGGCCACCAGCUCGGCUCCGUCGUUCCCCCCUCUGGCGUCGCUUUCGACCGCUCCGAGCUCCCUGCCCGUUUCCGCCGCCAGCCCCUCGACAUGGCUGAGAUUGAGGCUGUCGAGUCCGGCGGCGCUGCCCUCUUUGGCUGA